AACGCGGCCUGCAUGUAAGCGGAACAGGGAGAAAUACGGCGCUGGGGGAGCUGGGAACUGUCACGCGAAAGGGGUAGUCCACGGUUUGGAACGCUUUCAUAUACUUUUAUACAUUUCCGCCUUUUUCAGGACUGCUGAAGUCGCGCAAGGAACCCGAAAUGUUCCGCUUGCGGCUGUUGUCAGCCGCCGCGCUGGGGUUGGCGCAGUUGUCACGGCGAUACCACAGCGGUUCGGCGCAGGGGGCCAGUCGGCGCAGGGUCAUGCUCGCGGCUCUGGUGGGCGUGACCGGGGCGUCGGCCAGCGCGGGGCUCCUCUGGACACGAGCGAACGCGGAGGCGGGGCCGUCCGUCAGGCACGAGGAGAGGGCGGAGCCCGAGGAGGCGGGGCCAGGGAAGGAGGCGGAGCCGGAGGAGGAGUCGGAGGGCGCGGUGGAGGCCAGCAGCGGUGAGGAGAGCUCGGAGGCCGGCUCGGAGGAGAAGAAGAAGAAGCCCCGGUCCGGUUUCCGCGACCGCAAGGUGAUGGAGUAUGAGAACAGGAUCCGGGCGUACUCCACGCCGGAUAAGAUCUUCCGUUACUUCGCCACUCUGAAGAUCAUCAGCGAGCACGGAGACACAGAGGUCUACAUGACGCCACAGGACUUUGUGCGCUCCAUCACCCCCAACGAGAAGCAGCCGGAGAAUCUGGGUCUGGAUCAGUUCCAGGUGAAGCGGUACGAUGGAAAGAAAAUCGCACAGGAACGGGAGAAGUUUGCCGACGAAGACAGCAUCUUCUUCAGGCUGGGCGAGUGUGGACUCAUCUCCUUCUCCGACUACAUCUUCCUCACCACCGUGCUUUCCACUCCGCAGAGGAACUUCGAGAUCGCCUUCAAGAUGUUCGACCUGAACGGGGACGGAGAAGUAGACAUGGAGGAGUUUGAGCAGGUGCAGAGUAUAAUCCGCUCCCAGACCAGCAUGGGAAUGCGUCACCGCGACCGGUCCACCACGGGCAACACGCUGAAGACGGGCGGCUGCAGCUCCGCCCUCACCACCUACUUCUUCGGCGCCGACCUGCGGGGGAAGCUCACCAUCAAGAGCUUCCUGGAGUUCCAGAGGAAGCUGCAGCACGACGUCCUGAAGCUGGAGUUUGAGCGGAAUGAUCCGGUGGAUGGGCGGAUCUCUGAGAGGCAGUUCGGGGGCAUGCUGCUGACCUACAGUGGAGUUCAGUCCCGAAAGCUCAAAGUCAUGCAGAAAGGACUCAAGAAGAUGUUUAAGGAUGGCCAAGGAAUCACCUUUGACGAAGUGGAGAACUUCUUCACGUUCCUGAAGAACGUAAACGAUGUGGACACAGCCCUGAGCUUCUACCACAUGGCAGGAGCCUCCAUCGACAAAGCCACCAUGAAGCAGGUGGCUCGCACGGUGGCAAAGGUUGAGUUGUCGGACCACGUGUGCGACGUGGUGUUUGCGCUCUUCGACUGUGAUGGUAACGGGGAGCUGAGCAAUAAGGAGUUCAUCGCCAUCAUGAAGCAGCGCUUGAUGAGGGGGCUUGAGAAGCCCAAGGACAUGGGCUUCACCCGGCUGGUGCGGGCUAUGUGGAAGUGUGCCCAGGACACGGCCUGGGACUUCGCCAUGCCCAAACAGCAGUAGGGCAGGGCGGGGCGGGGCGGGGAGGGGCGCAGUGAGGGACUACACACAGCUACGAAAGGUGACCUCCACCACACAACUUCCCCAGGUUAAGAAGAGAAAUACACCGUGAUCCAAUUGAACUCAUUAGAAUGGGAAUUCUGUUGGGAACAGUUGAUCGUGCGGGUGUGGCUCUGUGGAUGAUUUACACAGGAACUGGAGGGGGCUGCUUGGUGAAGUCUGCUUUUCAGUGCGUUCUAGAGCUCCUCUGCACUGAAGACACUAUGAGUAAUGGGACUGUGUGCACAUUGGGGUAGGCAGAGUUUCGGCAGGCAGAGUACACUUCGUACAGCUGCUUCAGGUUGCUUUGGGAUUAUUUUCAGUGUACACUGAUAUUUACCCAGAAUGCUUUGUGUUAAUAUAUUAUAUGAUAAUGUGUAUGGCUGUAAGUGAAUGUGUUUCUAAGACUGUAAAAAGGCUCUAUUAAAACACUUUUUUCCAAAAAAA